GGCCGUUGUCGCUUCGCUGCCGAAAUUUCCACGUCCGGUAUUGCUUCGUCCGACAGAUGAAUCGUUUGUGUUUCAUUGGGAUGCAACCUACAAGAUCAAUUCGAUCGGGUAUUUGGAUCUGAUCUGUGGGAUCACAGACCCUGGCGGUAAGUUCCACCCUGAUGCCUUCUUCCUAAUUGGAAGAGAAUCCACCAACGAGUACGAAUGGGCAAUGACGGCUGUCAUGGAUGUUUACCAGCUUGUGGUUGGAAGUGCGCUGCGUCUACACUACGUCAUGGGUGAUACAGCGUUGGCACCAGUGCCCGCCAUCAAGAUGCUGUCCCAACUCAACGUGCAGACGAUACUCAUGUGUUUCUACCACUGCGUGGCUGCCGUGAACAAACGACUAGGGGCGGUUCCCACGCGUGUGAAAGCUUUGGUUGCGUUUCACAUGUUCAACAUGCAUUACAGUCGAAGUCCCACCGAAUGUCGGAUGCACUAG